AAAAAAAAAAAUAUUCGGUUUCAUUUCACUGCAUAAGAAAAAAGACGGAAACGAGAAGUCACGUGAAACUGGUUCUGGUCAUGUGAUCAUGUGAGCUGAAAAUGGCAGCUACGGGGGAGAAGGCCGCAGCGAUGGACAGCAUCUUCAAAGCACCCGCUCCCCCGACCGACCUCAAGCUCACAGCCGAGCCCGAGCACAAGCACAGGAGAGACGAGGCCACAAACGAUGCGACAGAGAACCCAAAAGCCAAAAGACGCAGUAAUAACAAUGACGGAGGUGUGGAGACUGCAGAGGAGGCCACUGAACCCGCUGAACCUGAUAUCAAUGAGCUCUGCAGAGACAUGUUUGACAAAAUGUCAGUUUUCUUACAGGGAGAGCUCACCGCAACCUGCGAGGACUACAAACUCCUAGAGAACAUGAACAAACUCACCAGUCUGAAGUACAUGGAGAUGAAGGACAUAUCCAUCAACAUCAGCCGCAAUCUACAAGAUCUCAAUCAGAAAUAUGCCAGUUUGCAGCCUUACCUGGAUCAGAUUAACCAGAUCGAAGAGCAGGUUACGGCUCUGGAACAGGCUGCUUAUAAACUAGACACAUAUUCAAAGAAACUGGAAGCCAAGUUUAAGAAACUGGAGAAGCGGUGAAAGUGACCAGGAACUCAUUAAAGUAGUCAUCCUCAAAAGGUAUCUGGAAAUCUCAGAUUGUUUGUUUUAUGCACUAAACAAUCUC